AUGGUGAAGAUAUUUGAAUCAGCUCUAUAUAUGAGAGUGAAUUCAAGAGCAAUCAGUAAGUAAUUUGAAUAAAGUUCAGUUUUAUAUAUUUAUAUUUCAAGAUAUACUUCAUAUAUAGUCAAGAUAAGUUUUGAAAUAUAUUAAGGAUGAUUUUUUGCCAUCAAUAAAAUAAUCUAUCAGAUUGAAUUUUAUUCAUAAUAUUAAUAUCCAACCAAAAUGCCUUGUUAAAAUUUUUGGAUUGUAAACUUUAAGGACUUUUAGAAUAAUUUUAUAAUAAUGGACUUUUAUAAAUCUGCUAUUGUUUUCCACAAAUUACUAUACCUCUAUACUUAACAUUUAAUAUCAUAAGUAAAUUCAGUAGAUGGUGACAAGAAGAAUGUAAGAUAAAUUGUUAUAUACACUACUUUUAAGAACUUAGAGUUACCAAGAUUUGUAAAGAUAAAUAAAGUGCUUAGCUUCCCAUUUUGGCUAGGAUGAUAAAUAAGAAUCAAUGCUCCCCUUUCUAUACAAGAUGCUAUUCACAAUUACAUAAUCAAAUUUUAAUUGUUUAAUGAAUUAAACAAUUGAAAGUAGAAUCAAUUUAGUGUAUUGUUUAAAUCUUCGAAAUUGAUAGAGUAUUUCAAUGAGCACAAAACAUAGAUGAUGAAUCGGAUAGCAAGUUAUGGAGUCAGAAAGUACCUACAGAAUUUAUGGAAACGAAAAAGAAGGUGGAGCAGAAGAAUAUUUUCGUUGCCAUUUUAUAUGUGGUGGAAAUUAAAUUAUUCUUGUUGCAAUUAAGCAAUAAAAUAAAUUGA